AUGGUUACUAUUUUAGAGAAUGUUGAAAACGAAAUAAAAGCCCUUCGUGAUCAUAGUUUCAGUCGUGAACUGUUCUUUCCUGUUUCUGAAAUCCCGCAAUUGCCACUUACCCCAGGAAGUGAGCUCGAAGAACAAAUAGUUACUAUUUUGGAGAAUGUUGAGAACAGUGAGUAUUUCACUGAGAAUUUAUCAAGUCAUUGUAUAUCUAAAGUUAUGCUGCUACUAGGUUUAAAAUUUCUGGGAAAUAAAAGCUCUUCGUGA